UUUGGAUCGAAAAAAAUAAACGCAUCGCGUUCCGCGGUGGGACUAGUGACGAGGACCGCCUCGUAUCGGUGCACCGUCGACUGGACGGUGUGGUAGUAGUAGUUGUUGUUGUUGUUGUUGUGGGUGUCCGCGCGACGUUAUCGCUUUUUGUAAACAAAGGGAAGCCGGCCGAACGCAGGUCAUCCGGCGGCGUUUUGUGGUGGGGACUGAGCGGGGGCGGCGGUGCUGUCGAACGCCGGCAACUGUUCGCGGGUCGCGGGGCGACGGAACGCGCGGGGUAUCGUAAACGCAGAUCGACGACGAUCGACUCCUCCGCGACGCCGAAAAUUCGACCGAAAUUUGCACUUGCGACGGCUUUUCCCGUCACCGGCGCCGCGAACGAAUCUCGGGUGUGUGUGUGUGGAGGAGCAUGUCCGCGCGAGUCUGGAAACGGUCAGAGCCGCCAAAUAGUAUCCCGGUCACACCUCCUUCGUCGCGCCGUUAGUGGUUUCGCGGUCGGCUGUCGUUCUCGGGCUCUCGUGUGUCCCCCAGACCAGCGACAGACCACGCCGUUGUGGUCGACGGAGAGCACCGCGCCCAUGUCAAAUCCGACGUCUUCGGCCCCGUGAAAACGCAGGCGACACGGGCAGAGGUAGUACCGUCCACCGACCGUGUUCUCUGUCGGGGUUCGUUACCGUUUCGCCGAGCGACGACCGAUGAGUGGUGUUCGAUAAAACGCAGCGAGACGAACUACGUACCGACAGACUUUGUAACGAGCUUCCUAUUUGUGCAAUUAUUAGAACUUAAGGAAAUGAUAGACCACGUCGCCGCCGCUACGACUAUUUAGAACUACGGCCGUGCAAUUGUCACCUCAGAAAUCAUCGAAGACAUCAUCAUCAUCAUCAUCAUUAAUGUUGUCAUAUUUUCACCAUAAUACCCGAUCCCGACCACCAUAAUUACACUCACCAUCACCUACCGCAGAUUUAAUACAUGACGUAACGGCACAGAAGAAGCUGUGUCAACGGAGACCGGUGGUAAUAAGUGCUCGUACACCUGCAGUAAUAUACAAACGACGAAUAAGGAUAGCAAGAUAAGUUUCUAACAGUGAUCAAAACGAUAGAAAUGACUGGUGGCCUAGACAUAAUAAAAUAUAUGGAUGGAAACUCUCUCAUCAUAAUUAACGUCAAUAGUUAAGCCCUCGUAUCAACUAAGACUUCAUAUUGCCGUAGACGUUCCUUUAUAAUAAAUCAUCAACAAAAGGUGUGGUGUCACAUGAAGUAAAAAAGUGCAUGCUGGUGUUACUAUCGAUUCCCUGAUCUCUCAUCACGGUGAUGAUAUUUCCGUCACUAUUACUUCUGAUGCUAGUGACAACGAGUGACGUAUUGCUAUCUUUGUAACCACUGUAGUUAAAUCUCUCUAAAACCUCUGUUUAUCAAUAUAUAUAUAUAUAUAUAUAUAUAUCAGGAUUCAUCAAUCACUGGAGUUGAAAAAAAUAAUAAAUCUCAAAUAUUGUUGUUGUUAUCAUGAUAGCAACUUACUUCUAUUAUCAGUUACAAUAUAUAUACUAAUAUUAAUUAAACAUUUUCCUACUACUGUAACUGACUAUUGUCACUUUCUUAACAAAUACUACUUAUUUUAAUAAUUCUACAAACACUGAUCCAUUAUAAUGUCACCAUCGCAAAUUCGAUCUUCGUAAUUGGAUAUCUAUUCCGUAUGAAAGUCCAACAGCAAAAACAAAAAUACUGGGAUUAUGGAUUCCCUUGGGGCUGAGGUUACCGGCCGUCGAAGCCUUUUAAAUGGAUUGGUGACAGCUGCCACAAGGUCUUGGCGACAUGGUCUUCAGACUAACGGGCACAAUUCUAACACUGUGGUGUUUCCAACUAUUUCUACAUCAGUUAAUAAUAAUCCAACUUGUCGGACUUCUACCACUGAUUACAUAGCUGAGGAUCAAAGAAGGCGAGAUCAGCAACAACGGCAACAAGAACAUAGACUUAACCUCCUUUGGUACGGUGGAGACACAAUGCAGCGUCCACAACAGACCCCAUCUGUUCUUUUUGAAUUGAACAACCGUUAUCAGUCACCAGAUGACUGGGAAAAACAACCAUUACGACAACGGAGACGUAAGUCUCAACAAUCGCAACAUCAGCAGAAUAAUAAAAAACGAUCAGCAUUACCCACAUCACCGAUUGUAUGGGCUUUACUAUUGUAUUUUAUGUAUUCAGUCGCUAUGGCUGCAGUAUAUUAUAUAUAUGAUAUGAAAUCUGGUAGUGGAUGGAUAUGGUUAAGAGGAAUCGAUAACUGCGGUCUAUUUAAAUGGUUAUGUCAUCUACAGCCGAUGUGGUAUUUUAUUGGUCAAGGUUUCUGCGCAGUCAUCAUUGGUUAUGUUUGGUAUCAGUGGCAAAAACGACAACGGUGGUGUUUCUACAUGUUAAUUGUACUAUUUAUCUCCGCAGUUUUACCAUCUGUACCACUCGCUGAAGUUUUUGGGGAUAAAAGCGUGGAUAAAAUAACUGAAAGUCCCGUGGAAAAUUCUACCGAUAGACGAAAUCAGUUGUUAUUACAACUUAAUUAUUAUAAUUCUGAAGAUUUUUAUGAAAAUCAAUUAGCACUUUACGAAGGCUUAUGGCAAAUAUCAUUUUUCAUAUUCGUCUCUUACUGUUUGGUUUUUCCAACGAUUAUAGACGAACAGUCAGAUAAAGAACAAAGUGAAACUAUUAACGGACAUAAUGAUCAAAAAAAAAAUAUAGAAGAUAAUUUCAAAGAAGAUCGCCAUAUUUCAAUCGUCGUUUUAUUGUUUGCUAUUGUAACUUCUAUCGGACACAUAACCCUUAAUAUGUUUAUCGGUUACCAACAACAAAGGCGUCUAGUCAAUAAUUCAUCCAUGGCGGCCAUUCAACAGCUUAUAGCUAACAUAGUGGUUCUUGCAUGUAUCAACCUGGCUGGAUGGCUAUUGCGUCAAUCGAUAAUCCAAGAUCGUACUGAAAUUAGAAGUUAUGAGGGCAACAGUAGAGUUGAUGGAAAACACACAUAUUUUCGAUUCGCAUUGCGCCGGCAGGCUGAUAAGCUGAAUCAACUUCUAACAUCCUUGCUACCCAGGCGCGUAUUUUUGGAAAUGAAACACCACAUAGUAGCUGAUGCUGCACGUUCCUUUAACACAAUUUUCAGUUCUAAUGUCAAUAGUCACCAAGAUAAUGCGCAAUCACAGAGUCAUCAGCAAGAAAUACCACUAAAAAUUAAUAGUAUAAUGUCAAAAAUGUAUUUAAAGGAAUAUGAAAAUGUUAGUGUUGUGUUUGCCAAUGUCACUGGAUUCUGGGAUAACGCACCACUAACUAAUAAUAAUAAUAAUUUUGGCUCCCAAAUGAGCACCCAGCUAAUUACACUUAUUGAUCAACUACUGGCAAAUUUGUUUCGUAAACUGGCAUAUCGCAAUCGUUGUCUCCCAAUGCGGCUACUCGGCCACCGUAUGUAUUUCAUUGCCGGGUUACCGGAUGAAGAAAGCUAUGGUUAUGAUGAUGAUGAACAUAAGAAUGCUAGUUGGAUGAUGAAUGACAAUGGACAUGCUAGAAAUGCUAUCCAAAUGGGAUUGGAUCUAAUCGACGCUGUUAAUACUGUGGUUCGUGAUGUAAGUCGGUGCCACAACACAUCCAAAAUUAAUUUGAAUGUCCGAGUGGGCGUUCAUUCGGGCCGGGUAGCAUGUGGUGUGCUUGGUUUCACUGGAGAUACUGACAUCCGAUCUAACUCUGGUAGUCGUUGGCAAUAUGGGGUAUGGGGCCACGAUGUACGCAUAGCGUCGUAUAUUGAGAACUGUGGUCGUCCCGGAUUGGUGCAUGUAAGUCGUGCAACCGUCAGCCAGAUUACUAAGAAAGGAGCUGUUAAUACUGCAGCUAGUAAUCUGCCACCCGGAGUCAAUCUUCGUAACAACACAACCAAUUAUCAGACCGAUUCCAAAGGCAACUUCAACGAUUACUCAUUUGAACGUAGUCAUGAAGAAGAAAAGAACCAUUUUCUUCGCCACCAUCAAAUUGAUACAUAUUUCGUCAAACCCAAAACCGCUUAUUUUAAUCCAGAGAAUAAUGAAAACUUUAUGGACAAUUGUAGAGCUUAUGAUAUUAGUAGUGACGUAAUUAUCCAACUAAUUCUCCAAUCAGUAGAGCAACAACUGCACAAAGAAGAAACUCGACAAAAAUGUGCUGUAACCGGAUCAAUGCCUGAGACCGAGAUGGAAUCAGAACAACUACCAACUAUUUCGACAACAGCAGUUGCGGAUCUGCCAGUGACAACGAUUGCUUCGGUUCCUGUAGCCUCGGUAAUGAAGAGGAACCGCCAUAGGCGGAGUAGAUAUUUUGAACAAGAGUCACAACAAGCUAUCUCUACAAAUUUGAAUACUACAUCUGCUAUCAAUUCAUCAAUGGAGCGUUACAGCCGAUGGGAAGAUGACGUAUUUGUAGUUUAUAGCAAAGAUGAUCACGAAAAGGUUAAAGGCAAAUCUGACGAUGAUGAUCUUUUUCGGUUUGCCAAAUCACAGCUACUACUUCUGUGUGUUAUUAUUGUUUUAUUUGUAGUUAACGUAACAACUAUGCCAUGGACUAUGUUACUCGGUAUUACAUUUAUUACACCAUUCGUUAUAACUGCUGGACAACUGAUCUAUGUGAUGGCCUUGUUGAUCGAUUGGAUUCCUCGUCCCAGAUUUUAUAGCAUUACUUAUGCCACUGCCAUUAUUGCUGACGAUGAUGAAUAUUAUCGUCACUAUGAUAGUGAUAACAAUGAUAGUGAUGCUAGUAGCAGCAGUAACGAUAAUGAUAAAUGCUUAAGGCGUUUUUUUAUUUGCCAUCCUAGCAGAUAUUCAUUAUUUGCCUGGCUAUUAAAACCAUUUAAAUGCAGGGCAAAUACUGCAAUGACCACCCGUAAUCAUUUACAAAAUAGUGAUGGUUGGUCAAAGUGUUCUUUCAAAUGGUGUCGUUGUUAUGGACACCAUAGCUGGUUUACCUGUUGUUUAAAUAAUGAAAGUGCAUCAUCGUACAUGUCAUCUGACGAUAGUGAUAUUGAGAGUAGACUUGGCUUUCGAAAUGAGAAUGCCAUAAUGGCAGCAACAGCAAGAGCAUCAUCGUUACAGCAGCAAAAUCGGCUACAACAUUCACAACCUGUUAACAUUAAUAACACCAACAAUAAAAAUCUGUUACGCCGACGACAUAGACAACUGAAAAGAAUAUAUCAAGAUGAAGAGAGGCGCACUUACUUUUAUUGGAUCUGUGCCUGCUGCGAGGUGAUCGUCGUAUUGCUCAUCUGUCUUUUGGCUCUAUUAAACGCUUUUACCUGUGAACCAGUUGAAAUAACUUCAAUAAAUACCGUACACAAUCAACUUCAUACCCACAACACUAUUACUAAUAUUAGUGGUGGAUUCAACACCCCUACAGUUAACUCAACACAGCAAUAUCGAAGCCCACUGACUUGUAUGUGGCCUCAAUACGCUGUACUCACGUGCUGUUUGGUGUAUUUAUCAAUAGCUAUUGCGUUUCCCAUUUAUUAUGGUUCAUUGCCAACUUUGCGAAUGAAAAUCGGAAUAUUGUUUGUUAUGACUUGUGUAUUUGCUGUGGCUUUUGUUCAUUUUACGCACAAGCAUGUGUUUAUGGCUGCCUCAAUGUCAUCUUCGACACCAUCGUUCUUAAGUAAUUCUAACGCAUCCCAAGAUCAUAGAACAAACAACGCUGUCACCAAAAAUAAUAAUGACCAUCAUGAAAUAAUCAAUGCCCUCAUCUAUAGUGGCUACCGGGAAAACCAACAAUUAUUAAAACUACAAAACAGAGAACAGCAGCAAGUGACUGGUUUAAACACUGCCACGGCUACAAUAUAUGCAAUUGCAUUCGCCAUGGCCACACUUGCCUGCUUCGUGUACAAGCAUCGUUUACAAGACAAACGAGCUCAUCAAAGGAUUAAGAUUGAUCGUGACAUGAGACGAUUGUGUGUGUUGCGCGAAGCACACCGUCGUACUUUGCAUACCAUCAUACCAGAUCAUGUGACAAAUUUAUUGCAAAAAAGAUGUAUUAAUGAUCCUAAUGAUGCUGAUGACGAAUUUGAGGCAACUCAACACCAACAGAACUAUGUUUUUGGAGAAAAUAGACCAAUACCAAUGAGAACUACUCAUCAAAUUCAAGAACACAUUCUUGCAAACUUGUCACAGCCGCUCUAUCAAUGUGGCUAUCGAGCUAUAGUUAUCAUGUUUGCUACGGUUGUACAACAAGAACGAUCCAUGCCAAACACUUUCAACAGUAUUGAAAACAAUGAUACCAGCGGUCAUCAUUGUCAUAAACAGCUAGCUCUACUUCACAACAUAUUCAGCGAAUUUGAUAGACUUAUUGAUAAUCAGAAGUACCGAGGAAUAAUAGAAAAAAUAAAAAUGUUGGGAACUAACACAUAUAUGGCAGCUGUUGGUUUACAACAUCAUGACGGACCAAUACGUCGGCAAGUCAUGCUGCUGAAUGAAACAGAACAGAAAUGUGAUGAAUCUUGCAACCUUAAUGACCAAGGGAGAAAAUAUGAUUUUGAAAAUCACAGUGACAAAGAAAAUGUUAAUGUUAAUCUAAAAGAUGAAAUUGAAUUAUACAAUGUCAUAUCAGCAAAUAAUGUAAUAUUUGCUUUGGAUUUCAUUCGGGAAAUGCGCCGCAUACUUCAUUGUCGACAGACAACAACGUUAACUUCUGUUGGAAGCUCACAUAACUCACAAUCCACACAAUUUGUUCUUCGAGUUGGAGUAGACAUUGGACCAGCUGUAGCUGGUUUAAUCGGCUGCAAUGACGGAAUUUGGAAACGCCCACAAUUUGAUAUAUGGGGUAGAACAGUAAACGUAGCUAGACAAAUGGAUAUCACUGGUAUACCAGGUAAAACACAAGUUACUAAUUGCGUUUACGACGUAAUGAGAACUUUACAACAUUCAAAUUACCAGUUCGAUGUGCAUACCAAUAUUAUAAACAAAUAUAAAAUAAAAAAUACAUAUUUGGUUCGUGAAAGUUUUGAACAAGAUGAUGAUCAUAACUCAGUUCAACGUAAUCUCUCCAACUAUCAUAAUGCACAGCUUCGUCAAAAUUCUCCCUUUCAAUAUGAGUCAGAACAAUCACAUCAACUGAACAAACAACCUACCCCUAUUAGACCGUCACAGUACACCCACCGCUCGACACCUCAGCACUUGGUGCGUGAUCAACCAUCGCUUAAUGUAGUACCGCUAGUCAAUGUCCACUCUAAGCACUCCCAUUAUAACUCUGUGGUACAACAGGAUUUGCGGCAAAAAUGUUUGGAACCACAAAAAACACCGCCGCCGCCACCACCACGAAGUCCGCCACCCGUUACAACACGGCGGACCCAAUUUCCAAUGCAACAUAAAUACAGUGAAGAAUGCGAUCGAUAUCCAGAUAUCCAGCAAAGAUCACGAGGUGCCCAUUCGUCUCAUAGUAAACAAGAGCAAUAUAAACAAACCCGAUGCACAUCCAACUCUACCUCAUCAACUGCAGCCACAUAUGCACGACCACUACAAAAACAACAGCAGCAGAACAGUCUACAGUCUACUUCAGUGCCAGUGCCCCCCCAUGGUCUCGUUCGAAUUUUCGGUGAUGAUUCACAACGACUAUCGCCACCACACACACCAACUACAACCGAAUUUAACCCAACUUGUACCUCUUCUAAUCAUCCCAUUGGUGGAACAAUUCUAAACACCACUUUACAUAAUCAUUUACAACCCCAACAAAUACGCCGUCCAAACGUAUUACUUUUAAAAAAUACAACAUCUGUAUCAACAAACAAAUUUGAUGCCAAUCGGCCUUUGCCAGACCCGCCACGAUCUUCUGACACCGUAGCUGGUCGACAUCGAAACCGUGAUGAUCCACGGCGACGGCGGCGCCGUCAGCUCAAUCAACCACCUUCAUUAACCAAACAACGGCAGGAAGCCCAACAGGAUAUUAAUAAUGACCGGUGUCCUGGUGUGGUCUCGCCGGCCUGGCCUUCAUCAUCUUCAUUCCGUUCACCGAUCAGUGUUGAAAGUUUCGUCAGUGAGUCAUCUCCACCAUCAUCAUUAUCGUCAUCCGGCUCCACAGAUGCCGGUGGAACUACAACAUCAAAUAAUAAUUACAACACCACUACUUCAGCAUCUUCGUCGGACGACAGUUUUGGUUGUACGACUACAGAAGAUGGUGGUGGUGUGGAUAGAAUUGAUACUGAAGAUUUAGACACUGCUGCCUCAUCUGCGGCCAUAUCAUCCAUUCACCAUCGUUACCGACAACAGCAACAUUUACUGCUUCAUCAGUGGUCUCCAUCGACGACUGCUAAUUCAUCUCCUGUUAGACGAUCGUCAUCUUUCCGCUCACCACUAUCUGCUGGCGACAACACUGCCGCGUCUUCAUCAUCAUUGCGAUCUCCGCCUGUCAUUGGCCAUACUGCCACUACCAGCAUUGGAGGAACUCAGUCAUUGAAUCGCCGUCAUGUACGUCCUGCUAACACUACCACAGGCGCUGGUAGCAAUUCCAGUCGUCGUCGUCGACGCCGGCAGCAGCAGCAGCAGCUGCAAAACAACCCAGUAAUAGCUGGAAAUUCUACAUCACCAUCUGGUGAUGUACCAGACAUUAUAGGUAUUAUGAACACCACCUCAAAUGUAUCAACUGAAAAAUAUGAGUCAACAUCAUCAUCACCGUGGAAAAAACACCAGCAACAACAACAGCGACGACAAAUUACGAGUAAAGACCAAGGAACAGAUGGUGGAGCGGUGGGCCCAGAUUUUACCGAUGAGAUACGGCGUAUAUUAUUGUUGGACCAUCAUCGUGGCAAUGUUCGUCAACAGCAGCGAGGACAAUUCAAAGAAGAAGAAGAAGAAGUAGAAGUCAACAAACACUGCGAUGAGUACAAUAACGGCAAAGAAGUCAAUGAUAACGUUGCUAAACACAUGUCUUCAUCAGAGCAACUACGUCUUUGCCCUACAACAGUUGUAACGACGGAUCGGAAAUCCGGUAAAGAUGAUAAAAAUAGUCAACAAGCCGAAAAAGAUACUGUGAAGUUAGCAGUAAUAGCAGUUCCGACUACUGUAGCUUCGGCGGCAGUUAUUGCGGCAAAUGUUUCAUCAGCAUCACUGUUUGAGGAGCGUGAAAGACAAAUAACGGAACAAGUCAAGCGACAGCAAGCCGAAGUGAGACGGAUAUUACAGGAGCAUAAGAACAAUGUGGUAGCCGUUGUCAGAGGACCGGCAACAAUUACAACUGAUGCUAUAUCACACAACCGUAAACAACGGGGUAUGGCAUUGGCGGUUGAGUCAUCAUGGAGCGACGAUGAAUCUUUAGAACCAUCAUUGCUUGAAAACAAACAUCGGCCACAGCGCAUUGGUUUCGCAGUAGGUAUAAGUGACCAUGAAGCUAACAGCAGCAUUGUGACUGCUGAAACAGAAUACACUACCGGCGGGGAUGGUGACGAUUAUACGACUGACGGUGAUGGAUACACUACCACUGGGUACACAACAGACGAAGCUGCUGCUCCUGCUGGUCGACAGACAGAUAUGUCGUAUGCUACUACCGGUGGUUUACCUGGUGCAUCUAUAGCACGACAACUUGAUGACAACCUAUCGACUAUGAAUGACACUGGACUAACUGAUGCAGAAGCUGCAUUAAGUGAUGUCAAUUCGAUGAUUGACUACAAUGAUUGCAACGAAAACAGCCGUUACAGAGGUCGUCGACGAAGUAGUUUAAGCAGUAACAGUUUGUGCCCAUAUGCCAGUGAUAGUUUUUGCGAAGAUGAUGACGAUUACAAUGAUGAUGGUCAAUACUUUUUCUGGGAUGGGAACCAUGUGGAUAAUAAAAAUCUUGAAUUAUAUGAUGAUGGAGAUGACAAUGACAGUCGUUAUAAUCAUAAUCAUAUUUUGCUACAACAACAAUCGCCUCUUACACAUCCAACAUCAUUAUCUCAGACAGAUGGUUAUAGUAAUGUCGAUAAGAAAAGAUCUAACCAACAGCAGUUUCAACAAUCUACUACACUGCAGGCCGAUGACUCCAAUACUACUAUAAAUAUCACUCCAAACCCAGAGUCUGAUGUAUCUACAGCCACUACUACUAAAGUAAUAACUACUCAUAACUCUACUUCUAUAUCUAGUAAUACCAAUGUUAAUGAAUCUCCUAAUAAUUGUACUACUGCUACUAAUACUUCUAGUACAAACACUGUAUUAGAUGAACCUCCAUCAUCAUCUAAUAUUAUUAAAGAUGAAUCAUAAAGUGAAUAAUUAUACAUUUUUGAGUACUAUUAAAGGAUAUCACCACUGGUAAAUUUCAAUAUAAUUAAAACCUUUGCAAUAUUUUAACAUACAUUGUUUAGUUGGAACAUGAAUACCAGUGAUGAUAAUAUUUUAAUUUACUCAAAAUUACUCAUAUGACCAAAAUGUUUUCAAUAUAAUAGAAAUAUUUUCAAUAUUUAAUGUUCAUUAAUUAAUUUAAACAUUUAUACCUUUUAUCAAUGGUGUAAUAAAUAGAGCUGAGAUCACGAUGCACUGUGCUAACAUGUUUGUUUUGGUAAAACUAUCAUUUAUUUGCUGUUGAAUGUCUUUUUAUUUAUUUGGUAAUAAUGUGAACCUAGAGUUAAUGAAUUGAAUUCGGUUUUAAAUUAUUUAAUAGAAUGUUAUCUUAGUUUUUAGAAUUGUUGGUGUUUAUGGGCAUUUUUAAUUUUAAUAGAAUUUCAAUAGUCAUGACACACUUUCUAUAAUAGCACUUCUUAAACCUUUUUUUUUCACGAAGCCCUUGAGAUGCUGAAAAAAAAUUCACAAAGCCUCAAAAACUUGAAAUACUAAUUUCACAACUCAUAAAAAAUUAUGGAUCAACAAAUUACUAAUAAAGAAACUUAAUACAAUUGAAAUUUAACUUGUAACAAUUUAACAAAUAAUAAUAUCUGUACUUAAUUCAGAUGUGCCAGCGGAAUCCCUAGAUUAGUUUCACGGAGUCCUAGAGCUCCGUGGAGCACAUUUUGAGAACUACUGUUCAGUAUUCUAUAAAUUCAAAUUUUAAAAAUUAAAUUAUUUAUUUAUUAAAAUAUUGUAUGGAUUUAGACCCAAUUACUUACAUGAAUAUAUUUAAUACAUAGCAUUUAAUAAUAUUUUUACAUCUUAAAAAUAGUUUGUUUAAUAAAAUAAAAACAAAAUAUAAAUAUGAUUUGUUAUUUUAUAAAUAAAUAGCAAAUUAAUAUAUAAGAAAUAUUGUACUGGGUCAGCUAGUAAUGUAUAUUUUUAUGUACAAUCCCUGUUACGUUUUUAAUACUUUAUUAUUUACCUAUCUAUUUCUUUUUUCUUAAUUAUGGUUUUAAUGCAUUAUUUGACAUUUUAUGGCAUUAAUACAUUAUCAUAUAACGUAUUGUUUGUUUUUUUAGUGCAUCGUAUUUCUAGUUCUAUUAUAAUAAUUAAAUGUGUUCAAAAUUAUUAAAAUAAUCCAAAAACUAUUGAUAGGUACAUUUUAAUCUACCUCGACAUAUUUGUAUACUAAUGUACAACAAUAAUUAAUAAUAUAUCUACAUUGAAGGAUUUCAACACCAUUGGUAUAUUUCUAUUUAAUAACAAUUUUGCAAUAUUUUACAUUAAUUAAUUGAAAUAUAGAUACAAAUAGAUCUUUUUAAUGUGCUCAAAAUUACUCAUAUGAUUAAAAUGUUUUUUAUAUAUUUCUAUAUGCCUUUAAUUGUUCACACCAUACAUACUUAAUACAUUUCAAAUAACUAUCACAAUUGGUAUAUUUUAAUACAAUAAAAACCUUUGUUGUAUUUAACAUUUAUUAGUUAAUAAUUGUUUAAUUAAUAAAAAUAUUGAUACCAAUAUUGAUAAAAUUUGAAUGUGCUCAAGUUGUUUAUGUGACCAUAAUGCUUUCGAUGCAUUACAGUAUAUUUAAAACUUUAAUUCUAAAUAAUCAAAACUAUAAUAUGAACAAUUAAAACCAAACACUUUGAAGAUUAUUUUCACCAUUGGUACAUAUUAUGUCAACAUAAUAAAAACCUUUGCGAUAUUUAACAUCCAUACAUUAAUUAUAAUACCAAUGGUGAUAUAACUUCAAAGUGCUCAAAAUUGUUCAUGCGACCAAAAUACUAUGACGACCUUUCAAUCUACCUCACCAUGUUUACACCAUCAAUUGCAUUUUAUAUUAAUUUAAAAAGUAUCACUGAUGGUAAUGACUUGAUUGAGCUUGAAAUUGUCAAUACAACCAACAUGCUAUUGAUGUAAUUGAAUCUACUUACAAUCAUCAAUAUACAUUUCACAAAGAAAUCACUAUUGGUACAUUCCAGUCUACUAAAAAACCUUUGCGAUAUUUAACAUUCAUUAUUUAAUUGGAUUCUGGAUACUAAUAGUGAUGGCAUUUGAAUGUUUUGAAAAUAAUUCACUUUGAAAACAAUAAUAAUGUAUUAUUAUUAAUUUGUAUUAUAUGUCUAAAAUCUAAGGUAACGAUCGAAUUUUGUUUGUUAUAAAUAACCCCCACAAUCGGGCUGGGGUUUAGUAAUAAUAGUUAAUCUUAAUUUUAUUUUUAAGGUAAUAUAGUAGUGUACACAAAAAAAAAUUAAAAAAAAUUAAAAAUGUAUAUA